UCACAGAUAUUAGUGCAAGACUGCAAGUACUUACUUGUAUCAUGCACAUGCCAGGUUCAUGUAGUCAUUUUAUGAUAUUGUGUUUAGCAGAAAUCUCGAAUGCAAUAGCAAUUGUAAAUGGAGGUGGAGUUAGAAAUUUGUCUGUUAAGGAAUCAAAAUUGUAAAUAUAAAUGGAUUUCAACUUUGAUAGCCAAAUAAGGGGACGAGUGCAUAACCUGGUAUUGAACUUCUCGUAUUUAUUACAUAUUAUUUAUAUUUUAAUAUAUUCUAGAAGUUCGUUGUUGACUCAAAUAAUGAAGACAAAACAAAACAAAAUCGUAAUGAAGAUCGUAUAAGAAAAAAACGGGAAAUAAAAUAGGUUCCAUUUUCUUUUGUGAAUGAUCGAUGAGUUUUAAACUUUAAAGUAAGCAUCAAACCGAUAUUGUGCUAUACGGUUAUAGACAAGUGAAAUACAAGAUGUAAAAAGCACAAAUAUCAUAAACGAAAUGGGUUUAAUUCUUUUGAAGGGAACGAAAUGAGGAAAUAAAACAAUAUAUACCCUAACAAUGCACUUUUGAGGUGUUCAAUUGAAGCUUCCUCUUAUUUUAUCUUUCAUGCUUUUGGUGUAUUUGAUGUGGCAGAUUCUAUCUAUCUAUAUAUGAAGAAUUUUGUUGUUGUCUCACGCCCUAUAUUUAACACAAAAAUGUCCCAAAAUGUGAGGCAUACUCAUUUUAGCAUAAUUAGUUAUUUAUUCACAUUGGUAUCUGACUCGUCGGCCCAAAUAUUAUUUGCCUUUUUAAAAAUAUUUUUUUGUCAUCCCACUAACAGCCACUUAUUAUUAAUUCGCAUCAAGAAUUUGUCAUAGAACUUUCGGCUUGGGCGAAAAAUAUUUAAUUAGCAUUUUCUUCCCACCGAACAUCCAUCAGAAGUCGGCCGCUUCUCUACCGCCUUAAUUCCCCUGGGCCGGUGGGCCCUGUCCUUUUGCUUUUAUCUUAAUCCCCCCCUUCUCCUUUCUUUCCUCGAUCCUCUCUCUCGAUCAAACUCAUCACUCCACUUUCCCCCCAACCUCUUUCUUUUCUUGCAUCGCCUUUGUGAAUUCUCUCUGCAUUACUCAUCACCCAAGAUCGUAAAUGGAAAUGGAGAAGGAAGUAAAGAAAUCAGCGAAGAAAGACGAGAGGAGGAGUCUUAUUCAGCUGCCGCCAAAGAGAGGCCAAAUCAAGGCCAGGAUAUUUGAAGAUUUCGUUGAAGCUCUGAAGAAGAAUCUCGUUGGAGGAGAAGGCGACGGCAGCACUGGUUGUAUUACUCAGUCUAAUUACGCAGCUGACACUAAGAGCAAGAAGAGCAACAGUUCCAAGUAAAAUACAUCUGAAAAGUUGGCGUUUGGUGCUUCAGUUCAGUCAUGGACUGCACCCUCUCAAUAUUAAUCUACGACACUAAAAAUCUCCACUUUCGGCCGUUGAGCCCUCUGGUUCGAUGUCGUUAGCUAGCUGUGUUUGUUUGAUUUUUACAAAAGUGUAACAUGUAAAUAUCCCACCUCGUCAAGUCAUCCUUAUGGUUCUUUCCAGAUUCCAUCCCCAAUAUCUCACAUUCGUCCUUUUAAGUGUAUAGUGAAAUGAUGAAAAAAAUGUGUUCUGAUGUCAUGCAUAGUUUGUAAAAUUUAUGAUACCUCGCCUCCUCUUUCAUUUGAUCAUGUGGUUAGGUUAGUUACUUUCUACAUGAAUUUUGAGUGAUUACAGAGAGUCACAUUGUAGAAAAUGUCGGGAUAACUUAAAUAUUGUUGACGAACCCGUCAGACGGGGCCCGACAGUUCUAAUACACAAAACGACGGCGGAGGGCUGUUGUGUGGGCGUGACAACUGACGACACGACCCCAGCGGCGGAGAGCACAUCCUCGACAGGCAGAGAGACGAGAGCAGAGAGUUCUGCUUGAGGAGCGAAUAUGAGAAUUCAGAGGGCGGUAGGUUCGAGACUUUCCGAAAUUAGAAUCAUGGCGCCAUUGCCGUUUCUUUCUCGACCUCCACGUUGUUUCUCCCGGCUUCAACAGAAUCACCUUCACCUCCAGCCGCGGGACCAGCAGCAGUUGCGACGGUUCUCUUUCGGCGUCGCAUUUGACAUUGACGGGGUAAUUCUUCGUGGCCGCGUUCCUAUCGGCGGCUCUCCUCAGGCUCUGAGGCGACUGCUUGGAGAUUCAGGGUCUUCGAAAGUUCCCUUUGUCUUCCUGACUAAUGGGGGUGGUCUUCCUGAACAUAGACGAGCUUCUGAAUUAAGCGAGCUUCUGGGAGUUAAGAUCUUACCUUCUCAGGUUUUACAAGGUCACUCUCCUUUCAGAAAUUUGCUGAAGAGAUACGAGGAUCAACUCAUCGUUGCUACUGGUAAAGGGGAACCUGCACUUGUGAUGUCUGAGUAUGGAUUCAAAAAUGUUCUUUCAUUAGAAGAUUAUGCAUCUUUGUUUGAGAACAUAGAUCCUGUGUCUCAAUACAAGUAUUGGGCAACUAAAAAAGCCAUGGACAGAAGUGAUCUAUCCAGAAAUAUUGUGCCAACAUGUGAUAUUCAUUCCGAAUCAGUUAAAGCUGUUUUUGUCGUCAGUGAUCCGGUAGACUGGGGCAGGGAUAUUCAGGUAAUCUGUGAUAUUUUAAGAUCCGGAGGCAUUGUGGGGCAUAAAGGUGGGACUCAACCUCCACUUUAUUUCGCUGCUGAUGAUCUUGAAUAUCAGGCUGCAUUCCCCUCUGAGCGUCUUGGAUUGGGGGCUUUUAGAAUCGCUCUGGAGAGUGUUUUCAACAGAGUCCAUCACAGUCCUCUGGAGUACGUGUCCUUUGGGAAGCCAAAUCCUUUUGUGUUCAAGAACGCUGAAUCUGUCCUCAACCAGUUUCAACCAGCUGACGAACACGGUGAAUUUAAAGAAUGUGGGCCUGUAGCACAUCCUUUUGAAACCCUCUACAUGAUUGGUGAUAACCCUUUCGUUGACGUCAAAGGUGCCCGGGAGGCUGGGCAGCCGUGGUUCUCUAUCUUGACAAGGACGGGUGUUUUCCGUGGUGAACACAACCAUGCCGAGUUUCCUGCAGAUUUGGUUGUUGACACCGUCGAAGAUGCAGUAGAUUAUAUUCUGAGGAAGGAAAGCCGUUCGUAGCUAGGACUAUGUAUUCUCGUACCCCGCCAAAGUGGCAACCAUUAUUUUGUCCUUCCUCACAAUUUUUGCUUAACUUUCUGGUAUCGGGGGAUCGGUUGGGAUGCUUAAACAUGAAUGUCUAACUUGCGCUGUCAUUUCGUUGUAUUUAUGACUUUGCAUUGUGGUACAUCAAGUUGUAAAGAUGAAUUCUCAGCUUUUCAAUUCUAAUAGGGUUUACUGCUCCUGAAUCAAAGAAGUUGCCUUUUAGCGAGCUUGUCCAUCGAGGGGACAUAGUUAGAAGAAACCAAGACUGAAGACACUGAUGAGGAAUCAAACCUGGAGGAACAAUGUUCAGAACUGCCACCUCGUCCUGCUACCACUAAUGGAGUUUUUUUUGUAGGAGAUUAUCAUGCACAGAUGAAGAUACUCGAAUGGUCGUAGCAGCGCAAGCAGCAAAAUGGUAAGAAACUCUCUCUAGUGCACUAGCUUUAUUAUUCAAAAUCUUGUUCCAACUUGAAUACUAUCCGUUGGUGUGGUGGCCGUAAGGUGUGCCACUUUGCCUAGAUAUGAGCUUAUCUUGCUUGAGAGCAACCAAUAAUGGUGUUGCCAUCAUACAGAUCAAUCUCAAAGCUGAAGCUGAAAAUAAGAUGUUGGGAGUAUU